UGUUGGGGAGACAGAGAGAGAGAGAGAGCGAGGGAUGAACAUGCCGAAGUAUUUACUCUGGGAUUUGACGCAUAUUAAGAAGAAUUGAUGGGUUGAACAACACUUUUAUUUAUCUUUUUUACCCCAAAAUACGGAUGCGCAGGAACUGAUUUUAGUCAAGACAAUUUAAUGGCAAUAUCUGAGAGCGAGCUGCUCAUCCUCAGGGAACAGAAAUGGUGCACAAACUUCUGCUGCCCGUCGCUUUAGCAGCAAGCCUCAUCUCCCCCGUCCUGUCUGGUGCCACGUCAACCAAAACCAAAACUCAAGUGAAGAACAACUCAGGUGUGACACCAGCCGGACAGUGUGGGACCUGGAUAAAGGAGCCUGAUGGAGGCACUUUCACUUCACCCAACUACCCCGACAAAUACCCGCCUGAGAGGGAAUGCAUUUACAUAAUAGAAGCCUCUCCCCGACAGUGCAUCGACCUGUUCUUCGAUGAGAAGUACUCCAUCGAGCCGUCCUGGGAGUGCAAGUUUGAUCACAUCGAAGUUCGCGACGGCCCCUUUGGUUUCUCGCCCAUCAUCGGUCGCUACUGUGGGCAGGAAAGCCCUGCGUACAUCCGCUCCAGUGGGAGGUACCUGUACAUCAAGUUUGUGGCGGAUGGCGAGCUGGAGGCCAUUGGUUUCUCUGCACGCUACAACUUCACAAAAGAUCCCGAGUUUAAAGAGCUUGGAGAACUGCCAGCUCUCCCAUUUUGUGAGUUUGAGCUGGGCGGUCCCGAAGGCUUUGUCGAAUCGGCUCAGAUAGCCACUGAGGGCCGAGCGCAGCAGACUGAAGCUGUGGACUGCAGGUGGUACAUCAAGGCUCCACCAAGAGCAAAGAUCUACAUGCGUUUCCUGGAGUACGAGAUGCACAACUCAAACGAGUGCAAGCGCAACUUUGUUGCCAUCUAUGACGGCAGCAGUUCGGUCGAACACCUGAAGAAUAAGUUCUGCUCCACAGUGGCUAAUGACGUCAUGCUGGUGACGUCUGUAGGGGUGGUGAGGCUGUGGGCAGACGAGGGGAGCAGGAAGAGCAGGUUCAAGAUCCUCUUCACCACCUUCCACGAACCUCCGUGUGAAGGAGACACUUUCUUUUGUCACAGCAACAUGUGCAUCAACCACACGCUGGUCUGCAAUGGAAUCCAGAACUGUGUUUACCCCUGGGACGAGAAUCACUGCAAAGAGAAGAGGAAAGCUAGUAUCCUGGACACGCUGGAUAACACUAACCUCACUAUCAUUGGAAUAACCUGCGGUCUGGUUGUCAUCCUGCUCACCAUCUCCGUCAUCAUCCAGAUUAAACAGCCUCGCAAGAAAUACAUCAUCCGCAGAGACGACUUCGACCCUGCCCUCCUCCACCCUGGUUGUGAGCCUCCUCACUAUGAGCUCUGCACUCUGCGUCGCGCCCCAUCGGGUGAGCUGACCGAUCCCGCCCUGGCCGAGGACUUCGAGAAGUUCCACAAACUCCGACGCUCUGAGAGCAAAUGCAUCCGUGACCACCACUGUGGCUCCCAGCAGGGCAGCUUGCACGGGAGCCGCAGCAACCUCAGCAUGAGGGACGCCACCAUUGCACCCGAAGGGGCGGCUCUUUUACCCCCGGUGCCACCUAUGAUGGCGAGCCAGCAGUCGCCACAUUUGUCUCACCACAACACGCCAACAGGUCGACGGAGCAUCCUGGUGAUGAAGCACAGCUACUCGCAGGAUGGGGCUGAGGGGUACAGAGCGGAGGAGGAGGAUGAUCUGAUGAUGGAUGAUGGUCCCACCACCAGUCAGCACCACAUGCACCGACAUCCCAUGUACCACGGCAUGUCAGGGCUGGACCACGCUGUCCAUCGUACACUGUCUAAUGACUUCUAAUUUAAGACAACAGAAAACGGUUGGCCAGGAUGGAACUGCUUUCAAAUGAAUGGGGGGAAUAGGCUGGAUGAUGUAAAUUUGAUGAAACAGUAGCAGAUCUCGUAAUCUAACCUUUAAUCUACUGAAACUUAAGUUUUAAAGUGUUACUGCUGAUCAUUACAGCUCUUGUUUGAGUGUUUAUUUGUGUUAUAUAUUCCAAGUGAAAUCCAGGUUUAACAUUAUAUGAACUUGCAACUUGAGAAACACACAAUAGUGAUUUUAAUAGUCGUUCCCCCAAGGUGAAAAGUUUAUGAGCGGUCCUAAAUCUUAAAGGAGGAUUUAUAAGCACACAUAAUGAGAUUAAUGCCUCCCAUUCCACUGGAUCACACUUUCCUUUUUCCUUUUCUGUUCCUUGUUUAGUUUCAAAUCUGAGAUGUAUGAUUACACUAUAUUUGAAAUUGGUAAAUGUUAGAUGUCAUAUUUAAUAUGUAAUUCACAUGCAGGAUUAAUUCAGCUCAUAUAAUGUCGUUUUUCACCUGCCAAAAAGUGAUUGAUUUCAUUCAUUUAGGUUAUUUUUAAAGAUUCUGGCCCAUAAGAUCAUUGCAAGAAAAAGAUCAUUUCUGUAUUUCACGUAUAAGCCAUCUGUAAAUUAAGUGAAUUACAGUUUAGUUGAAAAAAACAAAACACAUGCCAAAUGCAACACUGGAAAUAAUACUGUUGUAUUAUCUACAAACUUUCUUUAAAAGUUAUAAGGACAUAUAUUUCAUACUCUAAAAAUAACAAAAGCAUAUGUGUAUUUGCUUGUUAUGACUUCCUGAUAAAAAUAAAUAAAUUAAUAAAAAAUAAGAUAAAAGUAGGUGUAAAUGUUUGAGCACCAUAAACUGGGUGUUUUUUGGCAAACAGUCACUUUUUGGCACUAUGUCUGAUGGUGAAUGAUUUAUUUCUUUGUUUUUUCAUUUAAAUAAAUAGUUUCCCUUUA